AUGACGGCUGCGCCUAAAUCCCAGUGCUGUGGGCACAUCCCCCCGCGAGCGAGCUUCAUCUCACUAUUUGAACAGGCGACGGAAAUCUGCCGAAAUGCGGUCGAUGUGCUCGAACCGGUCGGGCUUGUGUACGAGGACAGCGCGAAACUCGGUUUCGACAGGCGAAGAGCCAGGCUUCGCGGACUCGAUUUCCCCGAAACCAGGUUUGGCUACGGCCACCACCGCGCGGUUGGACUCCCCUCACAACUUCUACCGAAUGCCUCUAACAAUGGGUUCUCUGGGAUAGUUGACUUUGUACUCGAGCCUGGGAGUGGGACAUCCGAUGAUGUGGUGGAUAACGUGCCCAGCGUUCUGUCGCCAGCCGAAGGGGGUUUACAUGGCGACGAUGGCGGUUCAGCUUCUAUCCCAGAAGGGGCCUCGAAUCCCACAAACUCACAACCCAGCACUACACAGGAGUUACAUACUGUAGCAGAGCAGCCAAUCCCCACGCCUACACAACAACAGGGAAGUCUAUCAAUGAGCCAGAGUGAAGCAGGCCGUCCCAAGCAGCGAUCCUGGCCCUUACGGGAUCCCGAAGAGGCGCGGCUAUUGCAACAUUUUGUUGAGACAGUGGCACCGUUUUUCGACUGCACCGAUCGCCAGCAGCAUUUCGCGGUCCACAUCCCAUAUCGCGCUCGGUACUGCGAGACGUUGUUCAACGCAAUUCUGGCCAUGUCCGCCCGUCAUCUCAGCCGCACGGCAUCCUUUGACCCGUAUGUGUCGGGCCACUACUACCAGGCGUGCCUUGAGACGUUGAUACCAGCACUGGAUGAUCACGGGGUCACUAUGGACGACGACCUGCUGGCGGCCACCGUCAUUCUCCGGCUGUUGGAAGAGUAUGACGUCCCACUGGCGGGGUCCGAUCUUCGUGGCCAUUCCUUUGGAACCAAAGCUUUUAUUCAGGGACCACCAACGUCAGUGACGACGACUCCCAGCUUACGACAGGCUGUCUACUGGAGUGGGCUGCGCCAGGAAAUCUACAAUGCAUUGAGCCUGCAGCAAGCUCCCGACAUUGACCUCAGCUCGCUUCAUUCUCACUUCAGUCCCCUCGGCCCGGACGACGGCGACUGCGCCUGGGCAAACCAAGCGAUUGCGCAUUGCGCGGAUGUUCUCCUGUUUUCCUUUGGCGCAGGUCCGCGGUCGGCGGCGGUGCAUGCGGAGCUACGAGAAAAGAAUCAACAAUGGAGCGACACGCACCCGGCAUCCUUCGACCCAUAUUUUGUCGGUAAUGAUGAAGUGGAGGUGGGAACUGCCUUUCCAGACAUUCGUUUCAGCUCUGCAUGGCAUGUGAUUGGCAACCAGUAUGCCGACCUCGCACGGAUCCUACUUUCGGUGCACGACCCUGAUCUGCCUCUGGUCGGGCCUCUGCGAAGACGUGUUGUUCGAGAAGCCGACGAUCAAAUUCGCAAGGGAGUAUGGAAGGUAUGUGGUGUCGCCCUGUCCAAUACUUCCGUCCCUCCUGCCAUGGUGGUUGGGUGCAUGGCUAUUCAUCUCUGUGGUGAUCGAUUUACCGAUCGUCGGCAACAAGACCAGCUGGUCCAGGUCUUGACCCGAAUGGAUUCGCUGCACGGCUGGCCGACUCAUGCACUCCAACGGCAGCUCCGAGAGACCUGGGGCGUGCACUGA